AUGUCGCAACUCGUUGGCAAGACACGUCUUGCUUACUCGCGCGCAUGGCACUAUGUCGACGCCGGCGCUGAUGAACGCUCCUUGGGCCGCCUGGCCUCGUCCAUCGCCCUCGUCCUAAUGGGCAAGAACAAGCCUAUCUACGACCCCUCGACAGAUUGUGGUGACUAUGUUGUUGUUGCCGGAUGCCACGACUUAAAGACGACAGGAAAGAAGCGCUUCCAGAAAAAGUACUACACUCACACGACGCGGCCGGGUAGCUUGAAGAGCAUGACGAUGGAUCAGAUGUUUGCUAAAUGGGGAGGUGGUGAAGUGCUGCGCCGGGCUGUGAAGGGCAUGCUGCCCAAGAACCGUCUGCAGGACUCUCGUUUGGCUCGUCUUAAGACUUUCGAAGGUCUCGCCCACCCAUACAAGGAGAACAUCGUCAAGUUUGGCAACAAGUCCACCACGAUCGGCGCCAUGCCCGAAGUGCAAGAAGCCUUCAAGGCCGUCAAGCCCACCGAACCCACCGCAUAG